AUAUAUAUUUUUUGGGGAUAUACAAAAUUUUCACUUAGAAACGCUCCCCUCCAUUGCUACCCCCCAACACACUUAAACAAGCACAUUGAGGAUCGCGGAUCUGAAUCCAUUUCUCUCCCUCUCUCUCUCUCUCUCUCUCUGCGGGCGUAGGGGGUGUGUAUGAGCCGGCUCAUUGAAGAUCUGAUAAAGGUUUGAUCUCAUCGCGGCGCUCAAUCUCUGCCUUGAUCCAUAAAUCAUGGAGAAAUCUUGUACGUUGCUCAUCCACUUCGACAAGGGAACGCCUGCUAUUGCUAACGAGAUCAAAGAAGCUCUCGAAGGCAACGAUGUGGCUGCAAAGGUCGACGCCAUGAAGAAAGCAAUCAUGCUUUUGUUGAAUGGCGAAACCCUUCCUCAGCUCUUCAUCACAAUUGUUAGAUAUGUGUUGCCAUCUGAGGACCACACCGUACAGAAAUUAUUGCUUCUGUAUUUAGAGAUCAUUGAGAAGACUGAUUCCAGGGGGAGAGUAUUGCCUGAAAUGAUAUUGAUUUGUCAAAAUUUGAGGAAUAAUCUCCAGCACCCGAAUGAGUACAUUCGUGGUGUGACCCUGAGGUUUCUCUGCCGGUUAAGUGAGGUGGAGAUAAUCGAACCAUUGAUUCCUUCAGUGUUGGCAAACUUGGAGCAUCGGCACCCUUUUAUAAGGAGGAAUGCAAUUUUGGCAGUGAUGUCGAUCUAUAAGCUUCCGCAGGGCGAGCAGUUACUGGUUGAUGCGCCAGAGAUGAUUGAGAAAAUGCUAUUGUCAGAACAGGAUCAAUCUGCCAAGAGGAAUGCAUUUUUGAUGCUUUUUAACUGCGCCCAAGAUCGUGCAAUCAAUUACUUAUUGACUCAUGUCGAUAGAGUCUCAGAAUGGGGCGAGUUGCUUCAGAUGGUUGUGUUGGAGUUGAUUCGCAAGGUGUGUAGAACAAAUCGGGGGGAGAAAGGAAAGUAUAUAAAAAUUAUUAUAUCUUUGGUGAAUGCCCCUUCAACAGCAGUUAUAUAUGAAUGUGCUGGGACGCUGGUUUCAUUGUCCUCUGCACCCACAGCCAUCAGAGCUGCAGCAAACACCUAUUGUCAGCUUCUUCUUUCACAAAGUGACAACAAUGUGAAGCUUAUUGUGCUUGAUCGGUUGAAUGAGCUCAAGGCUUCACAUAGAGACAUCAUGGUUGAUCUGAUCAUGGAUGUACUUAGGGCACUCUCAAGUCCAAACCUUGAUAUUCGAAGGAAAACACUUGAUAUUGUUCUUGAAUUGAUAACUCCCCGGAACAUCAAUGAGGUUGUUCUUACUCUGAAGAAGGAGGUUGUGAAGACACAAAGUGGAGAGCUUGAGAAGAAUGGGGAGUACCGGCAAAUGCUCAUUCAAGCCAUUCAUUCGUGUGCUAUUAAGUUUCCUGAAGUUGCCAGCACAGUGGUUCAUUUGUUGAUGGACUUUUUGGGAGACAGCAAUGUUGCUUCGGCUGUUGAUGUUGUUGUUUUUGUGCGAGAAAUAAUUGAGACCAACCCAAAACUAAGGGUUUCCAUAAUAACAAGACUGCUGGACACUUUCUACCAGAUUCGUGCUGCACGGGUUUGUUCCUGUGCUCUUUGGAUUAUUGGGGAGUAUUGUUUGUCUCUUUCUGAAGUUGAAAGUGGCAUUGCAACCAUUAAACAGUGUCUUGGAGACUUACCUUUUUAUUCAGUUUCAGAAGAAGGGGAAGCUCAAGAUUCUUCAAAGAAGCCUCAGCAAGCGAAUUCUAUCACUGUUUCUUCCAGAAGGCCAGCUAUUCUUGCUGAUGGGACUUAUGCCACUCAGAGUGCUGCCUCUGAAACUGCUUUCUCCCCACCAACAAUUGUGCAGGGAUCCUUGACUUCUGGAAAUUUGAGGUCUCUUCUUCUUACUGGUGACUUUUUCCUAGGGGCAGUUGUGGCCUGCACAUUGACAAAGCUUAUACUGAGAUUGGAAGAGGUUCAGCCAUCUAAAACUGAAGUGAACAAGGCAUCCACUCAAACAUUAUUGAUCAUGGUGUCCAUGCUGCAGUUAGGACAAUCUUCAUUUCUUCCGCAUCCAAUUGACAAUGAUUCCUAUGAUAGGAUUGUCCUUUGCAUAAGAUUGUUGUGCAAUACUGGUGAUGAGAUUCGGAAGAUAUGGUUGCAGUCUUGCCGUCAGAGUUUUGUUAAAAUGCUUGCAGAGAAGCAGUUAAGGGAAACUGAGGAAAUAAAAGCAAAGGCUCAGAUAUCUCAUGCGCAACCAGACGAUCUUAUUGACUUCUACCAUCUUAAGAGCAGGAAGGGUAUGAGCCAGCUGGAGUUGGAAGAUGAGGUCCAAGACGAUUUGAAACGUGCUACUGGAGAGUUCAUCAAGGAUGGAGAUGAUGCAAAUAAGCUGAAUCGCAUUCUUCAACUUACUGGAUUUAGUGAUCCUGUGUAUGCAGAAGCAUAUGUGACUGUUCAUCAUUAUGAUAUUGUCCUCGAUGUAACAGUUAUAAAUCGAACCAAGGAAACUCUCCAGAACUUGUGCUUGGAGUUGGCAACCAUGGGUGAUCUUAAACUCGUUGAGCGGCCACAGAAUUAUACAUUAGCUCCUGAAUCCAGCAAGCAAAUAAAAGCCAAUAUCAAGGUGUCAUCGACUGAGACUGGGGUUAUAUUUGGGAACAUUGUUUAUGAGACUUCAAAUGUGCUUGAGCGAACAGUUGUUGUCUUGAAUGAUAUCCACAUAGAUAUCAUGGACUACAUCUCUCCUGCUGUUUGUAAUGAUGCAGCUUUUAGAACCAUGUGGGCGGAGUUUGAAUGGGAAAACAAGGUUGCAGUUAACACUGUUAUUCAAGAUGAAAAGGACUUCCUUGACCAUAUCAUCAAUUCAACCAACAUGAAGUGCCUCACUGCACCGUCGGCACUGGAUGGUGAAUGUGGAUUCCUGGCGGCUAACCUGUAUGCAAAGAGCGUGUUUGGCGAAGAUGCCUUAGUCAAUGUGAGCAUUGAGAAACAGACUGAUGGGAAGUUGAGUGGGUACAUCAGGAUAAGAAGCAAAACUCAAGGUAUUGCUCUCAGUUUGGGGGAUAAGAUCACUCUCAAGCAGAAGGGAGGCAGCUGAUGCAGUCUGUGGUUGCCUUAUUUUUUUUCCUCAUCAUACCGGUGAUUGCUUUUGGGUUGAAGUAUUAUAGUUGAAAUUUGUUCCUCGUUUUUUUCUGCAAUCUAACGGGAGUAGUCAUACUGGAAGCAACAUUGUUUCAUUUUGGAGCAACAUAUUACGGUGAUAUGUCACUUUACAUUGUUUAAUAGACUUUUUUAAACAUGCCUUCGCUGUAAUUCUUUUUGUGAUGCUUAGCUGUAGCAAGUUCGGGGGUGUUCAGAAACACUUUGUAUUUCUUCAGUUUUGACUAUGAACUGAUGUUUAUACUGCUCUAAA